AUGGCCCAGCCAGAGUAUAUUGAUCUUAUUGAAAAGAACGUCAAAAAAUCUGUUACUUAUUAUUAUCAUCCGGAUGUUGGCAACUUUCAUUAUGGUCCUCGACAUCCUAUGAAACCUCAACGACUGGCAGCCUGUAAUAAUCUUGUUGUUCAUUAUGGCCUUCAUAACCAAAUGGAAAUGCGUCUUUCACCUAAAGCUAACAAAGCGGAUAUGAUCCGUUUUCACUCACCCGACUACAUUUCUUUUCUUGAACGAAUAAAUCCGCGUUGUGCAAAACAGAAUGAAUCCUACUUCCCUCAGUUCAAUAUCGGAGAAGAUUGCCCUGUCUUCGAUGGCAUUUUUGAGUUCUGUUCAAUAUACUCAGGAGCCUCUAUAGAAGGAGCAAUACGGCUGAAUCACAAAGCCGCAGAUAUUGUCAUAAAUUGGAGCGGAGGAUUACAUCACGCCAAAAAAGCUGAAGCUAGUGGUUUCUGUUACGUAAAUGAUAUUGUAUUGGCUAUUUUGGAGUUGCUCAAAUAUCAUAAGAGAGUUUUGUAUAUUGAUAUUGAUAUUCAUCAUGGCGAUGGCGUUCAAGAAGCUUUUGAACUCACUGAUAGGGUAAUGACCGUGUCGUUCCAUAAAUAUGGAUCGAUGUUCUUCCCUGGUACUGGAAACAUGUAUGACAUUGGUCAUGACCAGGGGCGAUUUUUUUCCGUUAAUGUGCCUCUAGGAGGAGGAAUUGAGGAUCCUGAUUACUUAUUUUUAUUUAAGCCUGUAAUAGAAGAAGUUAUACAAAAUUACCAACCUGAGGCUAUUGUUCUCCAAUGUGGGUCAGACUCAUUGGGUUGCGAUAGAUUAGGAAAUUUCAACUUAUCGUUUGAUGGACACGCAGAAUGCGUAAGAUUCGUUAGAGACCUAGGACUACCAAUGUUGGUCCUGGGUGGUGGGGGCUACACCCUCCGUAAUGUUGCCCGAUGCUGGGCCAAUGAGACAGGAGUUUUACUUGGCACACGCCUCGAUAAUGUGAUACCGAAAGAUUCAGAAUAUUUAUCAUUUUUUGGACCUGAUUAUACUUUGCGACCUGAAUUGAACAAACGUCUGGAUAACCAGAACACUCCCGAGUUCCUCGAUGCCAUCAAGUUUGAUGUCAUUCAAAACUUGAGGCGUGUUAGGACCGCUCCCUCUGUAGCUAUGCAGCCUAUAGCUGAUGAUUAUUUCGAUAAAGAAGAAGCUUUGAGAAGUCCUGAGAUUGGUGACGAUGAGAGACAGAUGGACAUCGAUGAUUCAUGA